AUGUCUUCGGGUGUGGGCUUGAUUGGGCUCGAUUCUUUGGGGCUGGUUGGGAAUGGGGAGAAGGGUGGAGGGGAGGGUGGGGAGAAGGGUGGAGGGGAGGGUGGGGAGAAGGGUGGAGGGGAGGGUGGGGAGAAGGGUGGAGGGGAGGGUGGGGAGAAGGGUGGAGGGGAGGGUGGGGAGAAGGGUGGAGGGGAGGGUGGGGAGAAGGGUGGAGGGGAGGGUGGGGAGAAGGGUGGAGGGGAGGGUGGGGAGAAGGGUGGAGGGGAGGGUGGGGAGAAGGGUGGAGGGGAGGGUGGGGAGAAGGGUGGAGGGGAGGGUGGGGAGAAGGGUGGAGGGGAGGGUGGGGAGAAGGGUGGAGGGGAGGGUGGGGAGAAGGGUGGAGGGGAGGGUGGGGAGAAGGGUGGAGGGGAGGGUGGGGAGAAGGGUGGAGGGGAGGGUGGGGAGAAGGGUGGAGGGGAGGGUGGGGAGAAGGGUGGAGGGGAGGGUGGGGAGAAGGGUGGAGGGGAGGGUGGGGAGAAGGGUGGAGGGGAGGGUGGGGAGAAGGGUGGAGGGGAGGGUGGGGAGAAGGGUGGAGGGGAGGGUGGGGAGAAGGGUGGAGGGGAGGGUGGGGAGAAGGGUGGAGGGGAGGGUGGGGAGAAGGGUGGAGGGGAGGGUGGGGAGAAGGGUGGAGGAGAGUGUGAAGGGAGGGGAGGAGGUGAGGGUGCAGAGAAAUUCGCGUCUGCUGCUGCUGCUGCUGGUGGUGGUGCUGGUGGUGCUGGUGCUGCCGAUGCUGCUGCUGCUGCUGCUGCUGCUGCUGCUGCUGCUGCUGCUGCUGCUGCUGCUGCUGCUGCUGCUGCUUCUGCUGCUGCUUCUUCUUCUGCUGCAGCCACCUCAGCUGCUGAUGGAAGCACAGGGGCAUAUUUCGAGUCCCCGCCAUCGUCAGACUAUGAAUCUUCCUCCUCCGAUGCCUCCCUGUUCCUGCGCUCUCGCUCCCACACCCGUUCCCACACUCUCUCCCACGCUCUCUCCCACACUCGCUCCCACACUCGCCCCCCCUCACUAGCCAGACUCUCCCUCACCUUCCCUCCCAUACCCGUGCUCACACCCACUCCCUAUCCCACACUCACUCUCACUCUCACACCCACUCUCACUCCCACACUCACUCUCACUCCUACACCCACGAUCACGAUAAAAGACACUCUCACUCCCACACUCCCUCCCACACACGCAAUCAAGCUCAUUCUAUUCCCGCACGCCUAUCACCACCCACUCUAG